AUGAGUAUCAAGAUCCUACCCCCUGCAAAUGCUCAGGAGAGACUGGCCCGCCAGCAAGGCCUGGGUGCACUUCGGCAGCAGGGGCAAGAGGUGAGGGCCUUUGCCCAAUUCUUUUGGACUAUGUCUAGGGGCCUUGAGUAUCAGGAUGCAGCCCUUAAGGAUGUCUUCAACCUCUGUUUGGAUGAUCCACUGCCUCAGUGGGAGAUGGAGCAAUUGAGGAUCUUGGACUUUUGGAACUUUUCCAAUUAUUUGCACCACCGCAAGGAUUGGCAGAUACUUACACCACCAGAGUCCCCCUACAGUGAUCACCCCACUCUCACUCCAUCGAGUCAAGUCCCUGAUCAUCUUUUGACUCCCACUGAGAAAAGGAGAGUGAGAAGGAGGGCAGCCAAAGCUGCUGCAUCUGUCAUGGAGGCCUCUGUGCUGGUUCCAGCCUCCGAAUUGGCUGAGUCCCUCACAGUCACGUCUGAGUCAACCAAGUGCUCUGAAGCGGUCAAGCUCAAGGAAGUUGUGAGGGAGGUUCCCCUGUUAGCCCCUGUUCCUGUGCCAGUCAAGCCUAUUUUAGUCCAUUCCAAGUCAGUCAAGUCCAGUCCUGAAAAUUCUGUGUCAAUGUCAGUUCAUGUAAGUCAAGAUGUAGGUGAUGUGAAUGCUUACAGGCCUGGGAGACGAAAGGGUAGGAGGGCCCGCGCCAAGAGAACUAGAGACCUUAGUCUGGAGAUCCCUCCUGCAGUUUCCCUGGGUGAUCUCAAGUGGCCUGCUGCUUCAGUCAUGACCAUGGAGUCCAGUGGUGAGCAGCCAGCUCCAGAGCUCACUCCAGUGUCUGCUCCAGCCCCUGUGUCUAGCCCACAGAGGACUCCAAUCUUGGUGGCCCCAGCGGGCAAUUCCACAGCCCUCGAGGGCGGUCAAGAACCCACUCCCGAUGAGGGCGGUCAAGAACCCACUCCCGAGUCAGUUCCAGUAGCCCCGGAGGGCAGCUCAGCAGCCCCUGAGGGCGGUCAAGAACCCACUCCGGAGUCAGUUCCAGUAGCCCCGGAGGGCAGCUCAGCAGACCCUGAGGGCAGUCAAGAAUCCACUCACGAGUCAGUUCCAGUAGCCCCAGAGGGCAGUCCAGAACCAAGUCCGGAGCCCAUUCCUGCAACCCCAGGGGGCCCUCAAGAAUCAGUCCCUGAGUCCAUUCCUGCAGCCCUGGAGGGCAGUUCGUCCACCCGCCAGGCCACUCAAAGGUCAGUCUCUGACCCCAUUCCUGCCGCCCCAGGGGGCAGUUUAUCAGCUUCUGAGUCUCUUCCUGUGGCCCAGGAGGGCUUUUCGACAGUCCCCACAAACAAUCCACAGUCGCCUUUGGAGCCUGGUCCAGAGAACCCUAAUCUCUUUGAGGCCAUUCCAGAAUCCCUUGCUAGUCAUGUCUUGCCAACCAAGAAUACCCGGCAAUCCAACCUGAAUACCCAGUCCAGUUGGCAACCCUUGCCUGUGAGAGGUGUUCCUGUAGGGAGAGGUGCCACCAGCCAUGACCCCACCUUUGCAGAGUCGGAUAGACCGGGCUUCCCCAAGCCGGCAGCACCCUGGCCUAACCAUUCCCCUGGAACCUUUUCCACCCCUCCCAGCCCACCCCCUGUUUUCCCUGAUAGGCCUGGAUUUCCAAGGUUUUCAUCCCACCCACCCCCCCAGUCAGUACCAUCUUGGCCCCCUACCAUGCCUGUGCCCCCUUUCUCUCCUCCACCCAGGGUGGACGCCUGGAGGCGUCCUUUGGAGGGGGGGUACUGUCAGGAUCCUGCCCUGACAGUCUUGUCUGUACUGUCUUUGUUCAAUGUGUCUUUGUUUAUUUUGUGCCUGAGCACAUGGUUGUGUCUCUUGUGUCUACCACGUGCUCCUCUUGUCCCACCUCCUUGUUUUCCCUGGUCACGCCCUCUUGUUUAGUCCCUAUUAGUCAGAGUGUUGUCACCUGUUUCUCAUGUCUCUGUAUGCUCUUAUUGUGAUCAUUUCCCUCCUGUGUUUGCCGGUUCGUUUUGUGUGUGAGUUAGUGUCUGCUUAGCGUGCUAGCUUUUCUAAACUAAUAGCGGUUUUCCCUUGUCAGUUUAAGUCUGGUAUUUCUUAGUUUAAGUUUAUCUUGUCACUGUUUAUUCUAGUCUAGUUUAAGUGUUUCUUUUUGUUUGGAUCUCACUUUUAAUUUGACUUAAGUUUGACUUGUUCUUUAAAGUGUUUAUUUUCCCCUUUUGAGUUAUUUUCUUGGUUAGUCUUCCAGUUAUUUCUAGAACUUUGAUUUGCAUUUGUUUCUUUACCUUUUUAGUUUACUUUGGUUAUUUCCCUAGUUAAUCUGGUUUCUAGGUCAUAGCACCCUUGUCUGAUUUUUGCCCUUGUAUUAUUAUUAUUAUUAUUAUUAUUAUAGUUGUUGUUGUUGUUCUCAUGUUGUCUUAAGUCUUGUCUAGUGUCUUGUGAGUUCUGUCUGUUCCUGUCUUGCCCGCUGCCUUCUCCCUGGCUACUGGGUCUCCCCGCCUGGAGGUCUGACGUGUGUGGCUGUACCGCUAUAGUCAAGUGCCCUUGGUUCCUGGUGUUGUGGUCUGGUCCCUUGCACAGCCUCUACAGUCCUGCACUCGGUUGUCACCCAGAGCCCCCCUCGGCGGUCAUCCCCCCCCAACUGCCUGCUCCACUGUCUACCCAUCUACCCAAUCCUUCUGUCUGGACUGUUCAAGCCACUCCCUCCUAUCGUGCUUUGUCUUUUGUCAAUAAACAUUUCUUGUUCACUCUG